AUGACCAAAAGAGUCUUGCAGGUGAUUGAACGUAUGGCUUCAAUCUGCAAGGACCGGCAUGCGUACCUCCGUGCGGCCUGCGUCUGCGCACGUGCGAAAUCUGAGGGACUGAGUAAUACCGAGACUUUGACAAAUCUUCUUUUCUAUCCGCUGCAGAUUGCGAGCAACAUUGCAAAUGAGCAGCAUACAUUUCUUCCCUUAUCGUUGGAGGGUAUCGCGAGCCUUCUGCGACUCUCCCUUCUCACCGAGGAGAUGAUGUACAGCCCACCGAAUGUACCUCUCCCUGUGCAAAAGAAAAGUCUCUUCAGCAGCACAGACAUCACUGCUCCUGCACAAGGGACUUCGUCCAACAACUCUUCCGAGGGACCAACAAGACUCGUGGAUGUUAUUCUCAACACGGUUAAGCGACAUAGGCGUUCUUCCCUAGAUGAAGUGGCUCUUCUAGUGUUGCAGUGUUUAGCUGAAAUUAUACACAACUGCGCUUGGGUGAGCGGAACGAGACUGCUGGGCUGCUUCCAGUUUGCAUUUGAGGCUCAACUCGAGGUGAGACUACUCAGCGAAUCAGGCGUGUCGAACUCAAUUCUCCCGCACAUGCUCACCGCAAUACUGGCAAGACGUACAACUCCUGUGCCAAGUAGUCAGCAAGUAUCACAACAGGAGGCUGACUCCACUUCCGACUGUGUAACAAGGAGCAACAAUGCUUCUAUUGCAGAAGCAACUGCUUCUUCCACAUCUUACAUAAAUCGUGUAGCUUCAACUGUCCCACCAACGGGUGGUGGGGAACCGAAAAAAACAUUAUCGUUGUCGCAGUAUGAACAGGAUUGCUACAAUAUCUUGUUGCGUAUCUGCGACCUUUCGAUGAAGCCUAUCGACGUCAGUGCCCCCGUGGGUUCACUAGAGUGGCGCAGCAAAGUAUUGAGCUGCGCUCUUCUUGCCCAAUUUAUCAAAGAGAUAAAUGCUGAAUUUGUGCAAAGCGAUCUCUUUAUGAUUGCUUUGCAUGAAAAUGUCACUGUGAGUUUACUCCGUAACUGUACUUUGGAGGAUGCCGUGCUGUACGGCGUGCCCCUCAAGACUUUGUAUCAUCUUGUGGUGCACUACCGUGAAUUCCUCAAGUCUAAAGUGGUGGUUAUUUUUCUUGGCGUGCUCAUCCCUUUGGUUGGAUCAAAGAGCACUUCAUACAAUCAGAAGUAUGCGAUACUGUCUUUUUUUGAACUUACCCUGCGCAAGCAUCAUGUGGUGAGGGAUUGGUUUACGAACCUUGACUGUGUUCAAGGUAUGCCAAGUUUUUGUGAGGUUCUUGUGCUGCGGCUGUCAAAACUGGUGAAGAUGUCGCAUAUUUCACGAUGGGUCACGACAAAAGAGGACGGAACUCUCCGUCUGAAAUGCAUCAAGGCGUUGUGUGCAUACAUCCAGUCAGUGGAACUCAUCGCGAGAGGGUUCCACGCAUGCGGUGGCAUCGACGCUACGCAUGUCCUAGACCGUCAAGCAGCAAAGAAUAGAGGUGAAGGAGAAGCUACGUGUGCCACGAGUGAAGUUAAGACCGCAGGUGGCGGCGGCGACAGCGACAACGAUGCCAAGGAUGGUGAUGAUGAUUAUGAUGAUGCGGAGAACGAGGCAGCGGCUUCAGUGUAUGAGGAGCAAAGUCGCUCUACUGUGGAUAGUGUUCGGCUUGCUGACUCCGGUGUCGAGCAGCUACUGCGUGACAAGAAAGCAUACGACUCCGUUGUAGAGGUGUUCAACGCGGGGGACUACGCGACUGCCCUCAAGAUGGCCCUGAACGUCGGAAUUCUGAGCAGCAGAGAGCCAGAGACAGUAGCGCGCUUCCUGCUCCAGAGGAAACUGGACCCUGUGCGCGUUGGGGAGUACCUUUGCAAGAAUGAUGAUGAGCGUAAGACCAUUUUACGUGCCUUCAUUAGUUUGAAUGAUUUUGCUGACCUGGCAAUUGAUGAGGCGAUGCGGGUGUUUCUGGGAAAGUUUAAACUUCCAGGGGAGGCGCAGGUCGUUGAUCGCACGAUGGAAAUAUUCGCCGAGCAGUAUUGUGUCCAGAAUCCCACGAUAUUUUCUGGGCCAAGUCCUGCUUUUAUUCUCGCCUUCUCCAUCAUGAUGCUAAACACUGAUGCACACUCCACACACAUUAAGGAGAAAAUGACCGUGGAACAAUUCAUCCAGAACAACCGCGGCAUCGAUGAUGGUAAGGAUUUACCACAUCAGUUUCUUAGGGAUAUUUACCAGCGCAUUACAACAAAUGGAAUUAUCCUUGAAUGCCGUGAGGCGGUUCAGAGGGUUGGUUCUGCGAUGAAGCCUUCUAACACGAAGGACUCAAACUUAUUGCUAUCAUCCACAUCAUCAUUGAUACGUGGAAAUAAACAAAGGCUCGCGCGUCACAUGGAGAAAGAGUGCCUUGUUGAAAUAACUUUGGAUCAGAUUACACAAGAUGUGAGAGCAGAACCAUACACAUCUGUGAAUUCCCCAGAGGUGGCGCGGGCGAUGCUGGAGAGCACUUGGACUGCCCUUCUGGCAGCCUUUGCUAUUCCAAUGGAAGAGAUCGAUAACAUGGAGUUCAUUGAUACUUGCCUGGAUGGUUUUGAAAGCGCUAUUAAGGUGUGCUGCAAGUUCUCAUGUCGAACUGAGCGAAGGGCAUUUAUUUCUGCUAUUCUGGCCUUUACGCAUCUCACGAACUAUCGUGAAAUCGAAUACAAGAGCCUCAAAUCUAUCGUUGUUCUUAUUCGUAUUGCCCUUGAGGAGGGUGACCACCUGGAGGACUCGUGGUAUGAGAUACUUCGUUGUAUCUCUCUCCUUGCUAAGCUACAUAUAUUGGCUGAUUCGUCACCGACGAUGCCGCCAUCAUCUCGGAAUCAAGGCUUUUCGAUGAUGAAGACUGCUUCCUACGUUGGGGGCGACGUUGACAGUCGAUCGAAUACACAGUUGCUGAGAGAGCGAACAAAGUUUGAACGUCAGAAUGCCGAGACUAUAGCGAAGUACAUUGAUGAGGUAGAGGCUCACCGUCUCUUCUCCCGCAGUAAUCACCUCAAGGAUGCAUCUGUAGUUGAUCUCGUUGAGGCAAUAUGUGUAGUGAGUGCAGAAGAACUGGCGGAAAACCCACCGCGUUUGUUUUCCCUGCAGAAGCUUGUAGAAGUGACAGACACAAACAUAUGGCGACAGCGCUACAUCUGGUCUAAGAUGUGGACCAACGUCUCGCGUCAUUUCGUUACCAUUGGAUUAAGCGCAAACCAACUUGUAUCCAUGUUUGUAGUGGACCAUCUGCGGCAGUUGGCAACUAAGUUUUUAUCCCGCAAGGAGCUUGGAAACUUCAACUUCCAGAAAGAUGUCUUGCGGCCGUUUGAAAUAAUCGCCUCACAGGCGAAGUCGUUGGCAUUGAAAGAGCUUAUUAUCGCCUCUUUGGGCCAGAUGGUGGAAGCUCAAGCCGAGAGUCUUGGCAGCGGCUGGAGUGCUCUGUUGGCUGCGCUCGCACACUGUGUGCGUGACGUAAAGAGCCCCGAAGCCGUGUAUUCUGCCGCAAUGGUCUUGCAGCGCAUCACCCUUUUUCACCUGCAUUUCCUUACUUCUACAGACUUGGUAGAUGUUAUCAAUGCGUGGACUGUUGUUGGCCGCUCUACUCCUGGCGGCGUCACAGCCCAAUCAGCAGUGUGGUACAUUCGCUAUGUGGUUGCUGUUUCUCCUUUUGUGACUACUACAACUGCCAUUACUUGUGCAACUGUACUGAACACUGACUCGAGUGACCUCCCUAAGGAGCCAUGUGGGAGGUGUGCGUCCAGAUUCGAAGCGUCUACAACUAAUGGGGAUAAUCAUGUGGAAACACAACGCGGCGACAGUGACAACAACAACAACAACAGCAACGAAAACAAUCGCAUACUUCUGAUGGAGGAAAUAAAACACCGGACGUCUUUUUUUAUACAUUCCACUCUCAAUGAGAGGGACAACCAUGAUGGUGGUGGUUUGAAGGAGUUAUCCACACCAAAGAGAACAACAAUGUCAACCUUAUGCACUGUAGCUACUGCUGCUUUGACAUCGUUGGUAGUGGCUGAUCCGAUAAGCGGUGAUGCUAUUGACGUCAUGUUCGCUAUCAUGUCGGACAUGCACAGCGCUUUCACGCCAGAGGCGUGGUGGUGUGCUUUUGCUCGUGCGGUUGCUCCUAUCCUUGACUAUCUCUUACUGCGGUGCAAAUCAUCCAAAGGGUCAACUGAAUUGUGUUUGCCGCUUUUGAAGCAGACUGUGACAGGCGUGGUGCACCUGGCAGGCUCUAUCCUUGAUGCUGCCCCUCUACGUGUGGAAGAUGUACGCUUUUUGUUCCAAACUAUAGUGGGUGACUUGUGCACUAAUGAGAACGAUGGAGUGAUUGAGAUUGGGUUCCAAGGUGGGCGGCAACUUUUGCAACACCUUGACGAACGCGCCGUUGAUGACGAAGCUUUGUGGAGUUGUGUGGUGACGUACAUGUGUGAAGUGGGUGAAGAUCUGAUGGGGAUGUUGGAGUCUGUCUGUAGCUUACCACCAGUAUUAAACCAGCGCGACGCGACGGCGCCCUGCCUGUUGGCUUUACUGCAGUACGUUAAGUGGCUCCGCGAUGCGUCGCUACUACCGUUAUUGACCGUUGCGUGUCGUGCAAAAGCUGUAGACGCGUUGGUGUGUAUUCUCCAUCGCACUAUGUCGCUUCUUAGUACCUCUUUUUUUGGUCGACUCGACACAACGCAGAAAAGAGGAGCAUACAAAGUGGCCUUGUUCAUAACACUCGAGCGGUCAGUGUGUAACGCCAUCCUCCAGGUGGCGGAGCGGUACACCGCCUCUAUGGAAGAGCAGUACAACAUGUUCUGGAUGCUCGUGAUGAAGCAGUUUACGACAAUCUCUUUGGGUGCGUCGGAAGUUAACAAACAAGAAGCAGUGAGUCUAAGGGAGCUUGUCAGGCGUCUUCUGGAUGCCAUGCUUCAAGCCCCGUCGAACGUAAUGGUGGAACGUGUCAGGGUCUGUAUGCCGUUUCUUUGUAAAAUGAUCGCCGUGAACGAUGCCGCAUGCGCUGCUUCACUUGCAAGCCUUUUUUUAAAGUAUCACACAGCCAUUACUGAUGCGUCUUGA